GCUGCAAAAACACAUCUAGAACCCAACGAGAGAGAGAGAGAAACAAACAUCCGGUCGUCGCCGGAAUCUGACCCAACGGUGCCGGUAUCACUGGCUGGACCCUCUAUUGCAAUCCACUCUUUUGAAUUUGUUCACUUACUUUAUAUCUCCUUAAUUUUGUUGUUGUAUUCCUUAAUCGGAAAUCGCCGGAAGAGGUUGACGGAGCUGGGUAAGGUGGUUCGCAUGAUGGGAUGUUGUAUCUGUCCUUUGGAGACUCCGGCGAGGUUACUGUGGAGUACUAGCUUCUUUCGCCACAAGCUCAUGCUCUUCUGAAAUUCAACGUAAUACUUCGCAUCAAUCAAACGUAUAAUAUAUAUCACUACAAGUUCUCCAACUCUAAUCUAUUUAGAGUUUUCAGUUCGCCAGAAAGUAUACAUAUAUAUUAUACGUGUGUGUGUAUAUAUAUAGACGUUGACCACAAUCGCCGGAGAUCUGACAAGUAUGGAUUCCGGUCGUAUUUUCUUCGACCCCUCGUGGCAAGGCAACAUGUUGUUCCUCAGAGAUGGUGAUCAUAACGUUUUUCGAGGAGCAAGAUCGACGAUGAACAUAGAGGAAAUAUCAAAGAGGCGGCCUUUUUUCACCUUGCCCGAUGAACCGUUCGAGGAAGAAUAUUAUGACGAACAGUUAUCAGAAAAGAAGCGCCGUCUCAAUCCUGAACAAGUGCACUUGCUGGAGAAGAGCUUUGAGACAGAGAACAAACUGGAGCCGGAGCGAAAGACACAGCUGGCAAAGAAGCUUGGUCUCCAACCAAGACAGGUGGCUGUGUGGUUCCAGAACCGCCGUGCACGGUGGAAGACCAAACAGCUUGAACGGGACUAUGAUCAACUCAAGUCCUCCUAUGACUCCCUUUUAUCAGACUACGACUCCAUUCUCAAGGACAACCAGAAGCUCAAAACUGAGGUUGUUUCCUUGACUGAGAAGUUGGAAAGGAAAGAUCAGGUGGCUGGAGAACCAAACUCAGGUGAUCAGAAACCAGACCCACUUCCGGUGAAUGAAGCCCAUGUUCCAGCCGCCCUUCCGGUGAACGUGAAGGUGGAGGACCGCCUCAGUACCGGCAGCGGCGGAAGCGCAGUGGUGGAUGAGGACGGUCCUCAGCUUGUGGACAGUGGUGAUUCAUACUUUCCCACAGCCAAUGACUACCAUGGAUGUGUUGCACCGGUUGAAGGGGUCCAAUCAGAAGAGGACGAUGGUAGCGAUGAUGGCCGGAUUUACUUCUCCGAUGUGCUCCGCCAACACCAUGAGGAGGGAGAGCAACAGAGCUGGUGGGUCUGGUCAUAAAUUAGUAAUUCUGAAGUAUUUACGUACAAAAUAUGGUAGUAAUUAAAGUGUCAUAUGCAAUUUCUCUUUGUAAUAUCGUAUCCUAUAAUUGCCUUAGACAAAAAACAAGAAAUGGACUUGGUACUUGUCUUGGUAAUAAACAAUAAUAUUGGGGGUUGUAUCUGUUUUAUGGGCUAUGCUUGUG